AUGCUCACACUCAAUCCUGACGAUAUUCCAAUCUACAAGAUCGACAUGGGCAAGCCUGCUGAAGAGCGCUACAUUGAGCUCGCCAAGGAUCUUGCUCCCAAGAUAAGAGAAGUGAGCCCUCUCUUUGACGGGGUGAUUGAGGCGACCUUCCCUCGGGGCAUGUCUGGCUUUGCCAAGUUCACUUCUCGGUUCACCCUCCGUAAGGUCUUCGACCCCGAGCAGACCAAGGAGAUCAAGUCCAUCGCUGAGAUUGCUGGCAUCCCCGUUCACCAGCUCAUGGCCCUCAACACCUUUCUUGACCUGAUGCUUGGAUGUACAUCUGGAGCUGCCUUGGUCAAGGAUGACUCCAAGCGCAAGAUUGGUGGCGGUGAUCCUGACCGUCUGAUGCACUUUCGCACUCUUGAGUGGGGCAUGGAUAUCCUACGUGAUAUCCUUGUCAUCAUUGAGUAUGUCAACACGAACAAUGGCCCGAAUGAGGUGAUUGCCAGAUCAGUCACCUAUGCUGGCUUUGUCGGCAUGCUGACUGGUGUCCGCCUUCUAAGGCACCAAAUCAAGGUCCUCUUCGGCUUGCGCGAGUCUGUUCCCUCAAUGCUCCGCCGCAUCAUCCUCAAUGAGGAUAUUUCCAUCAAGAAUGACAAGGUCUAUGAUACCGAAGACCCAAACCCCCAUGGGGAAAGCAGAAAGCCCACUCUCAUCACGUCCAUCGGCAAGAAGCUUGCCUCUUCGAAGACGUCGCCCUGCUACCUGACCCUCUGCGAUGGAAGAGAGGUAGUGAACAUCCUCAAGGAUCUUCAUGACGGCAAGAUCAAGACGAGCAGCGUCUUCCAGAUUCAGUGCAACCACGACCCUGACCAUCGACGCUGCUGUGGCCGCAUGGCUGCACGCCACGGCGCCGACCCUGUCCAGGCAAAGCUCAUUGAAUUUGAGGACUGGAUCGAGGUGUCUGCGGAUCGUCAGAAUGCCUUCCACGACAAGUGGAUUGAACAUGUCCGUGCCAUCACCAACGGAAACGACAUCACCUGGGCCACGCAGAAUAGUUGCUGCACGGAUCUCGAGCUUGAUGCCGAGGCUAGCAAAUCUGGCGAGAUGACUGGCGUUGACGAGGCCAAACUGCGCGAAUGGAUCGCUGCCUAUCCUACCACCAAUGAGUCGACUCACUUCAUGUGUAUCAUGGAUCCUCAGACCGGUGAGAUCCGCUGGAUCUCUCGUGGCCCUGACCCUCUCGCAAUGUUUGAGUUUGGCGACGAACUUUAG